UUAUAUAUGCACUUUGCAAACUCGCCGAGAAUGUAAAACGUUAAACUGUUAUAUGAUUAUACUUCCAGUUGUAUGUAUCUCUUUUUAAAACAAACUCACUUUUGUUGCUUGCGUUGUGAUAUCUUGGCGGCAAUAGAAAGGAGAGAGGGAAAAGAAGGUAGGAGAAAGGUAAAAGUAAACAGUGAAAUGAAGAAAGAAUUAAAGUAGAAGGAGGAUAGUUUUUAAAGAUAUUAAAACGUCUGUAAAAGACGAUUCCCAAAAGGAAUCAGUAAACGAUUCCAUUUUAAUGUUCAUGUAAAAUAUUAAUAGUAAGGUUGUUGAAGACCUUAUUGUAAAUUCAAGAUUUUCGCGAAAAUUUUCUUUGUAGACACAUUUGUGAUGUGAUGAACGAGAUUUUAUUGAUGUAAUUCUUUGCAAUACAAAGACUUGCAGAAUGGCUUCUAAUAUGCAAUCUUUCCCGCGAAUGCUGAAAAUGUUGCGGGAAAAUAGCAAUAUCAAGGAAAAACGUGAAGCUUUAACCUAUAUUCGCAGUAACAGCAAGAAAUUAGAAUCUACACAAAUUAUUAAAGAAGAACAAUAUAAAGAAUUAUGUAAACUAAUUGUAGAUGCAUUUGCAAAUGGAAAUAAUGACAUACAAAAUGAAGCAUAUGAAACAUUAAAUGUAGUUAUUCAAGAGUUUAAAGAUCAUACUUUGAAUCUAUUUGAAGCUAUAUCACAGAUAAGUCGAAAACAUAGAUUAAAAAUUCUAAAACUAUUAGAAGUAGUUGAAGAAAAUGCUAUAUCAACAUUUGUACAUGAUCCACAUGCUGUAAAUUUUUUUAAUAAUUGUAUGUGUGCAGUACAAACAAAUACAAUGCCAUGGAUUGCACCAACUGCAUGUGUAGAUAAUCUUCAAGCAUUAAUAGAUGCUGAAAGUAAACCAUUAUCAGAUGACCAAAGAUUAGAAGAAGAAACAGUUAAUUAUUGCAUAACUUUUUUAAGAAGAUUAUAUAAAGUGGCUGCAGUAACAUCAGAUAUUAAAGUUCAAAGGUUUAAUGCAAUAUUAAUAGAUAAAGUAAUGGUAUUAGCUUAUAUGGGACAUAAACGACAACGAGGUCCUGCUUUAAAACUUUUACAACAAGCUCUAACUGCAAAUAUAUUACCACAUGUUCGUACCAAACUAGCAUCUGCAUGGACUCGAUAUAUAGAAGCAUUACAGUCUACAUACUGCAAACGUAUGUUACUUUUAGUAUCUGCAUGUGAAUUAGAUUGGGCUACACAAUGGAAUGUUAGCAUCCAGUUCCUUGGUGUGGAUCUUCACCGUGGUGCUGGUUUAAUAAAUAAUUUAUUAAGUGUAGAAGAAAAGGCAUUUAAAUCUACUGAUACAAUUAUACGCAGGCAAGCAUUCCUUUCAUGGAAAUUAUUGGUGGAUAAUUUUGCUUUAGACCCACAUGAACUUGCUAGUGCUAGAAGAAUAAAGUUGUUAUGUAUUCCAUUGAAUGCUAAAAAUAGUAAGACUGAAUUAAUAGCAUUGACAAAAUUAGAGGUCUGGUGGCAUGUGAUUAUUAAACUUUAUAAAGAUAUUUCUAAAUUUGUUAAUCCUGUAAUUACACAAUUCUUAAACUUUUGUUUUGGACCUCUUGGAGAUACACCAUUAUUAUCUUCGAAAUUUGACAUAGUAGCUUCUCCAGGAAAGAGAUUCUUUAAAACAAAAGUUGUUGCAGUAGAUGCUUUAUAUCAAUUUCUUGUUUCAAAACAAGAAAAUCAUACUGCUCCAGUAUUGGAAGAAAGACUUCCAUAUCCUAUAUCUGAUGCUAUUUUUCAAGAAUGUUAUAAAAGUAUAAUUCACAGUGUAGGAGAAGUUUUACUUGUUUUUAGUCAACUUACAGAUGAAGAAAUGAAAAACAGAUAUCAAGUUGGUAAAAUAUUAUGGAAAAGUUUAGUCAAUUAUAUACGAGAAUCAAAAUUGGAAGAUAAGUCUAUUAUGUACAAGGAUAUAACAUUAGUUAUUACAGAAUUAACAAAUUAUGCUAAAAAUAAACCAAUGAUUAGAAAUUUAAUUCUUGAUACAAUUUUAUUUGAAAUUGCUGAUUUAAGUAUAGAUUUUAAUUUUCAAGAUGAUACAUUAUCAAAGUUGGUGUUUAAACUUCUACAAAUUCCAAUUUUAAAUGAAGCUAAAAAGGAUCAUUAUAAUGCAUUAAAAUGUCUUUUCUGGCAAUGUAUUAAAUCUCAAAAGGAAAAUAUCUAUUAUUCACAUGCAUUUAAUUGCUUAAAAGAGAUGUAUGAAAAAUUACAUGCACUAUUAAAUAUAGCAAAUAAAAACGAAUCUAUCAUUUUUGAAUUAUGGCUUAUAUUAGGAGAUGUGUUAGGAAAAUAUAUGAGUGAUAUUCAAGAAAUUAAUGAAGGAACUACUACAGAACAUAAUUUAAAAACUGUUCAAUCUAUUGUAGUAUUUCCAUUUAUGUAUAUACAUUUACAAAAUCAAAAACAAAUUCAAGAAUUGGCAAAAGCUUGGAAAUAUUUAUAUAAACAUUUUGAAAUGCGAACAGAUCUUAUAACAACUGUAAAAUCUAACGAAAUUUUAUUAAAUAUUGCAAAUAUUAUGCAACAUUCUAUAACAAAAAACAAAGAAUCUCCUUAUCUUACUAUAUACUGUUUGGAUAUUUUAUUAAGUACUAUCAACUAUAAGUUAUUAUUGGUAAAUACAGAAAUUCCAUCUGUUAUACAUCUUAUUGUGGAUCUUGUAUUAUAUUUUUUAUCUGAAAAAGAAGCUAAAGAAUGUGAACUUGCUCUUAAAGCAAUGUCAGCUACAAUUAUUACUAUUUAUGGACAUAAUCCAGAAAAAAUAACACCAUAUUUGCAAGUUUGUAAAUCUGUAAUUGAACUUAUACUUCAAUCUGAAUUAGAAAUGUUAAACAAAGAAGUAGCAAAUACAUGGGAAAGUAUAAUUAGUAUUUUUAAAGAACUUGGUAAAGUGAUAAACUAUGAUCUUUUUUCAUCUUAUAAAAAACUUAUUAUUCAAGCUUUAAAUCAUUCAAAUGUUGAUAUACAAAUUCAAACUGUAUCUCUCUUUGAAUCAAAAAAUGUAUUCAAUGAUAGCAUUAAAUUAUUAUUGGAAGAGAUAGAAAAAGAAAUAGGGAAAGAUAAAAUAUUAAAUAUAUCAGAAAUUACAAAAAAGGAACAUGCUCAAAUUGAGAAAUUACCAAACCAAAUAAAAAUAGUUGGUAGUUUUUUAAAAGGAUCUAAUAACCCAAAUUUGAUAAUUAAAGAAUCAGAUAAAAAUAUGGAUAAAAAUACAGGAAAGAAAGCAUCAAUUGAUUCUGAUUCACAGGAUUAUGUCUUUAUUAAAACAGAUUUAAAAUUUGAUGUUAAUCGCUUAACGGAACAUCAAAAAGAGUCUUUAAAACGUAGAAGAGAAGAUAUACCAGCAUUAUAUAAUGAUUUGUCGCAAUCUUCUUCACAAGAUACUCAAAAUUUACAAGAAUGGUUUGACAAAAAAAAUAAAAUUUUUGAAGAGACAGAAAAGGAACUUAAUAAAAAGGAUAAUAUAUCAAUAAAAAAUAUUUUAGAUGAUGAUGCAAAUAAAGAAAACAAAAUUGAAAUACAAGAAUUAGAAACAAUUAAUAAAUCAUUUAUUGAAACAGAUACAAAAUCAAUGGAUAGUGUUGAACGAAAUAUAGCAUUAGAAUCUAUACAAAAAACAAAAGUUAAUGUAGACAAUAAUGAAAUUUUACUUAUAGAAAAACAAACGGCAAUAGUAGAAAAUACUUAUGACAAUGCGGAAGCAAAAACUUCAGCAGAUUUUGUAUCGAAAAACUUAGAUACUAAUAUCCAAGAAGAAUUGUUAAAAAAUAAAGAUGACCAAAGACUAUCUCCGUCUGUAUUAGAUAAUAGUAAGCGACGCAAUCGUUUCAAUAUUACUGUAAAAUCUACUUUGCCAAGAUCGGAAGAAAUUGUUAGUAAUCAACCAGAACAAUAUUCAACUGAAGUUUUGCAAAGAACGUUAAGGACAAAAGUAAUUCAAAGCAAGUCUGAAACAGCCAAUAAACAAAAAGCUUCGGAAAAUAUGGAAAAUAAAUCGACCAAAGAGGAUAAAAGGGGUAUUAAACGUAAAUUGGAUAAUGAAAAUGAAGGAACUAAUUUGCGUCAACGGAGAAAAUUGAUGGAUACGACUAGUGAUGUUGACAGCUGUAAAUCUUCAGAAAAUGAUAAAAUAAUAAAUGAAGCGAAUUUGAGUCAACGUACAAGAAAUGAGAUAUCUCGUUUACGUAUAAAUAUGGUAUUUGAUAGUCCUUUAUCAACUAGUCGUCGAUCUAAGAGUCACGAAGAUACUAAUAAAGAAUUCAUUGCUAAAAAAUAUUCAAUAGAAAAUAAAAGUACUAAAUUAAAAGCUGGAGAUAUAAAAGUAAGUGAUGCAAAGAAAGUUCAAAAACUUAAUGACAAAGAAUUAAAAGUUAAGGCCAAACCAGGAAGAAAAAGAUCUGAUGAAAAAUAUUUAAUAAAAAAAGAUAAAAAAAAUGAAUCAGAAGAGCAAAAAAAACUGGAAGAAAAGAAAAAAGAAGAAAUUAAAUAUGUAGAAGUUAUUUCCAAAAAUACAGAUAAUAAUUCAUUUGAUAACGAAAAAUCUAUUGAAUCUAAUGUUGAUGUUAAAAUUAAUGAAAGUAAAAAUGACACUCAGGAUGAUAUGGAAGAUGUAAUAGAAGAUUCACAAGGAUUAUCAAAAUUAGGCAAAAAUAGAUUAUUAAAAGUAAAACUUGAAAUCAAUAAAAUUGAAGAUAUAAAAAAAAUUUCACAGCAUAAUAAGAAUGAAUUAAAAGAAGAUAAAGAAAUAGAUGAAAAAAAACAGAAAGAAACUAUACAGACAGAAAUUGUUUCAAAAAAUAUAGAUAAUAAAUGUGAUUUACUUGAUACAAAAAAAUCUAUUAAAAUUAAUGUUGAAAUAGUUAAUAAUAAUAAAUCAGAUAAUAAUAUACAAAUUAUGAAUCAAGAUCACGAAUCCAUUGAAGGAAAAAGUCAAAUUCAGGAUAUGGAAGAUAUGGAAGAUAUAAUAGAGAAUUCACAAGAAUUAUCUGAAUUAGAAAAAAAAUAUGAUGAAAAGCAAUAUUUCAUAAAAAUAAAUAGAAUUGAAGAUAUUUCUUCUUCAGUGAAAUGUCAUGAAAUUACAAUUGAAGAUGAGGAAGUAUCUGAAAUUAUUUUAAAUAAUUGUGAUAAUGACAAUAUUGAAGUUCCUAGAGAUAAUAUUAAGGAAUUUGAAGAAACCAAUGAAAUUAAUAUGAUUGAACCAAAGAUUUCCUCUUCUGUUAUUGAAAAUAAUUUAUGUGAUAAUGAAAAAGAUACUAUAGUUGAUGUGCAAAAAAUAAAUGACGGAUUAGUGUCUAAAUCUUUGCUCGAAUUUUCCUCACCUAAAAGCACUAUGAAACGUCAGGCAAAAUUUAAAUCCUAUUCAUCUUAUUCAACACAAGGACGUGCUGCUCAUAUGAUAGGAUUAGUAACAAAACAAGCUAGAAUGGAAACCGAAUCCUGUGUUAUAAAUUUAGAUGAUGAACUAGUAGGUAAAAAAAUAAAAUCCAAAGAUACAGAUAAUGAUAUAUUGCUUGGAAAGAAAGAACAAGGAUCUGUAUUGAAAGAGGCUGAUAAAAUAACAGCAUUAUGUAGUAGCAGACAAGAAAAAAUUUUUAGUAAUAUGAGAUCAACAGAUUAUUGUCCUUCACCUCCAAUAAAAUUAUUUUCUAAUUUGAAAAAUGAUGGAGAAAAAAUUUUUUCAAAAACAGAUAAAUCAAUAGAUAAUGUAGUUAUACAAAGUGAUAUACAAACUGAUAAAAUAGGAGAAGAAACUUUUGAAACAGAUGAAUUACCAAUUUUGGAAUGGUCAAAUGCAAAUCCACCUUCAUUAAAUGCAAGUCCAAGUGCAAGUAUAUUGAAACGUCAACGGCAAUAUUUUCCAGAAUCUGAUUCAGAUAUAACUCCUAAUAAGAGAAAAAGAGUAAGUUUUGCGGAUCCUCCGGUUUCAAAAGAAAUGGGAUAUGAGAUUACAUCUACUGAUUCACCUCAUAAAAUUAAUAAAUUUACAUCACGUGGAUUAUUAGCACGUAAGGAUUCGUCACUAAGAUUAAAACAAAUUAAACAAAAAUUAACAUCAGUUGAUUCAGAUAAAUUAGAAAAAAGUGAAGAAAUUGAUAUAACAAAUGUAUCUGAAGUUGACUUACAAUGUGAAAGAGAAAAUGAAUUAUUAACAAAAAUAGCUGAAGAAUUAGAAUAUUCAGAGAAUGUCACAAUAGAUAGUGAUGUACAAACAUCAUGUGAUUCUGCAGAAAAUGAAUCAAUAAAUACCGUUCCUAUAAUAGUUAAUAAAGAUAAUAAUAUUAAAAUUAAUAAUUUAAAUGUUGAAUUUGAAAUUACUCAACAUAUAGAAUCAACAUCUACGAAUAAGAUAGAUCAAAAUAAAGAAGAUAAAAUUUUAGAAAGAUCAAAAAAUAAUAUUAAUUUAGAAAAUAAUGAAUUUAAUGAAUUUAAUGAUUCAGCAACACAAACAGAUAUAUUUGGAGUAGAUGCAAAAGAAACUAGUACAGAGACUUCUAUUAAUAUUGACACAAGUGCUAUACAAAACACAUCUAUUAAAAAUAAUACAUUAGAUCUGCUUAAAUUCAAUGUUGAGAAUGAUUCUAUAAUAGAACAUUCAUCAGAAAAAUGUAUAAAUUCUGAAAAUUUAGAAGAUACAGCAGAUGCAGCAAAUCUUACUGAAUUGAAUUCUUCUGCAAAUUUAGAUGAAAUCUUUUGUGGAAAAUUAAUAAGAACCAGUACACAAUCAACAGAAAAUUUACAUGAACAAGAUACUUUACCAGUCACAGAUUCAGUAUUUGGUAGUUUACCUUUGAGUCAAGAUAGUCAAUGUACGAAUGAAUUUAAUAUAGAAAUUCCACAUCCAGAAUUAUUAGAUUCAAUUCAACCUAUAUAUCCUACAUUAAUAUCGUGUAAGGAACCUAUAACAUCUAUCAUUGAGCAUUUGACUAAUCCUCUUUGGGUGCAACAUUUAUCUACAUAUUUUAUAAAUAGAAAUAUUCAAUCUAUUGGUGAUCUUGCACAAUUAUCUGAACGUGAAAUAAAUAGAAUACCAGUUAAAGGUAAUUCAAAAAUUGAAUUUGUAAAAAGUGUAUUAAAAUGCUUCGAAAAAAAAUAUGUUUCAAAAGAAUUAAAUAAUACAAUGGAAAAUGUAGAUAACGUUUUAAACAAUGAAAUAUCACGUUCUGUAAAUAUUAAUGUACUUUCAUCUACACUGAAAGUAUCUCAAGAUCAAGUAUUAAAAGACAUUACAACAAAUAUUGAUGAAACACAUAAUAAAGUAAAUCAUAAUGUAACAUUAAAUCAACCAAGUUCUAGUAGAACUUGUGACGUUAUUAUAACCGAUAAGAAUACAGAAACGACUGUAUCAAAAUCAUCAGAUAUAACGUCAUCAGAUAUAAUACAAAUUAUAAAUAUACCAAUAUCACCUAAAAUAAUUACUUCUACAUCAGAAAAUAUUGGAAAUUCUACCCCUUUUGUUAGAAGUGCAAUAUCAUCUGUACAAACAACAAAAACUGUUGGAACUUGUACUAGUAGUGAUUCUAUUUAUCUAUCUAAGACAGGAGUAAAUAAAGCAACAAAAUCAGUCGCAGCACAAAUGGCUUUGGAAGAUUUGUUAGAUGAAAUAGAUGUUAAUUUAGUGCUAGAAAGUGCAGCAAGAAGAUGCACUCCAGAUAAACUUCUUAUCCAAUAUAAGGAUAAAAUGAGACAUGUAUCGCAAGUAGAACUAGAAACUGAAACUAUCAAAAUACUUGGCGCUGAAAAUAGAAAGAAUUGUAAUGAAAUAACAUUGAAAGCAGCAUGUCGCGCUUGUGGAAUAAAUAAAGUUUUACUUCGACUUCCUGAUAUUUUCAGUACUGAUAAACAAUUUUUCGUAAAAGUAUUGAAUGCUUACAAAAAAAAGAUAAAGACUAGUGAUUGUAUGGAUAUUCUUGAUUUUAACGAAGUUAAGGAUGCUGUUUGUCAAAAAUGUACAUCUUCAGAAUUUGCUGAAAUGUUGUCCAAAAAAUUAAAAGAAGAAGAGCAAGAAGGAAUAAGAAAACCUAUGACAGAGUUAUCUAGUUUAGAUGCAAUGUUGAAAAGAAUGCCAAUGGAUGUAAUCAUUAGUCAUACAGUGGCAAAUGAUGAAUUAAUACCGUCACGUGUCGUUUUAGACAUAGCUUUACAAAAUAAUAGUCCAACCGAUAUAAUACAAGCUUUGGAAUCUCAAUCCUCUGUGGUUACUCAGAAUGUUUUCAACAAACUUUGGUCUUCCCAAUUUGCAAUCGAAUAUAUUAAUCAAUGUAAAUCUAAGGAGGAUUUAUUAAAGAUUUUCAAAGCAAUUAGCUUAAAACUCAGUCAGCAAGAUCUUCUUCAAGCAUUUUAUGAGUCUAUGAAUGUUAAAUUAAUGGUAAAGCAGGAAAAUGAUUAAAAUUCAUAUUUACAUUUACAGAUCCUUCUGUAUAAUAAUUUUCAUUAAUAUUGUUUAUAAACGUAAAUUGAUUCUCAAUAAUAUGAUCCUCGACAUUAAAAUGUAUUAUAUAUUAUUUUUUCUUCUUAAACUAAGUUUUAUGAAGAAAUCUUUUAGUGAUAUUAUAUUACAGUAUAAUGACAAGUAAUAUGACAAUUGUUAACAAGUACUAUGUAAAAUGUAGAAGAUAUUUAUUUAAAAAGCGA